AUGGAAUCGAGGGCAAAGCCUACUCAACCAAAACGAGUUCUUUGUGGCUAUGGCAUUGACUUAGACGCCGUCAGUCUCUGGGCCAACACAGGGGAUGGAACCUCUGCCAACCCGAGCGAUAUCUCCCGUGGAAUCUACGGCGCGACGGUCGGAGUAGAUCGCGUCUUAUCCUUCCUCGAUAGACACCACAUCAAAGCGACAUGUGGACUUCACGGCUAUACCCAUGAGCACAUGAGCGCUUUAAACGCAAGUCAGGAAGAAGAAAUUCUAUCCGUAUCACUAGAUAAGCUGAGCAAGUUUCUUGGGAAAAAGCCCAGCGGCUGGACUGCACCAGCAUGGACUCCCUCGCCACACACCGUACAAUUACUUGAAAAAUAUGGUCUCGAAUACGACCACUCUUUCAUGCAUCUCGAUUCGCAGAUGUACAAGCUGCCCUAUGUGCCGACUGUCAAAGCCACAGAUGUGACAAAGUCCCCGUCGACUUGGAUGCAGCCGAUGAGCGAAUUGCGAGCAUCCAGCAUCGUGGAGAUUCCAGCGAACUGGCAUCUGGACGAUUGGCCUGCUUUCAAUGUCGGCAACGGUGGAAAUGGAUACAUUGAUACCGACCUCAUCUUUAAAAUGUGGACUGAGCAGUUUGAUUUCUAUUAUCAGGAGUAUGAUUCUUUCGUGUUUCCGAUCACUAUUCAUCCCCAGGUUAGUGGAAAGCCACAUGUGCUGCGCAUGCACGAGAGGCUGCUAAAGCACAUCAAUUCGUACGAGGGAGUGGAAUGGAUGACCAUGGUGGAAAUGUCGAACCUAUACAAGUCGGGCCAAAUACCGGGCCAUGUGGUAGAGGGUGGUGCGGCGCUUUGA